UUUUUUAUCUGGCAACACUGGUUCUCCCUUUAACAAGUAAUUAAAUUGGUUUUGUCGAAACGAGGUAUUUUUUUGUGUUCGAUAGUAAUUUUUUCGGCAACAACUUACAUACACAUUUAUUUUCUACAAGAAACGUUUAAAUUAUUUCUAUUAUCAAAUAUAUUAAUUAGGUGGUCUCAUUUAUCUAUGCCAAUGGCGACUAUAUCUUUUGCCAAAAAUUUGGUUAAUCCAGCUCUUAAAUUAUUAUUAAAAAACAGCCAGUGUUCUCAAUUAAGAUGCGGUAAUGGUUUGCCUGGAUUGACACCGCUGAGUAUUGUGCUCAAGAGGAACUAUGCUGAGAAACAGGUCUUUGAAAGAACUAAACCUCAUUGUAAUGUCGGAACCAUAGGACAUGUAGAUCACGGGAAAACCACAUUAACUGCUGCUAUAACAAAAGUACUAGCCGAUUUGAAUUUAGCACAAAAGAAGGGCUACACAGAUAUUGACAAUGCUCCUGAGGAGAAAGCUCGUGGGAUCACUAUUAAUGUUGCUCAUGUUGAGUACCAAACAGAACAAAGGCAUUAUGGACACACAGACUGUCCGGGACAUGCUGAUUAUAUUAAGAACAUGAUUACUGGUACUGCUCAAAUGGAUGGAGCUAUACUGGUAGUUGCUGCUACUGAUGGAGUCAUGCCACAGACAAGAGAGCAUUUACUUCUUGCCAAACAGAUUGGUAUUCAGCAUGUUGUUGUAUUCAUCAAUAAGGUAGACGCUGCUGACCAGGAGAUGGUUGAACUAGUAGAAAUGGAAAUCAGAGAACUCAUGACUGAAAUGGGAUAUGAUGGUGAUAAUGUUCCAGUAGUAAAAGGUUCAGCCUUAUGUGCUCUAGAUGGUAAAAGUCCUGAGAUUGGAGCGGAUGCAAUCAGUCAACUGCUGAAGGAAGUAGAUUCGUAUAUUCCAACACCAGUGCGUGAAUUGGAUAAGCCAUUCCUCAUGCCUGUUGAGUCUGUACACUCAAUUCCAGGUCGUGGCACAGUUGUUACUGGUCGUUUACACAGAGGUGUACUAAAAAAAGGUACAGAAUGUGAAAUAGUUGGACAUGGCAAGGUUAUGAAAACUACUGUGACAGGUGUUGAAAUGUUCCAUAAAACUCUAGAGGAAGCGCAAGCUGGUGAUCAGUUAGGUGCAUUAGUCCGUGCCAUAAAGAGAGAACAAAUCAAACGUGGGAUGGUAAUGGCCAAACCUGGCACUGUCAAAGCUCAUGACAAUGUUGAGGCUGCUGUCUAUAUAUUGAGCAAAGAAGAAGGUGGUCGUUCAAAACCAUUCACAUCAUUCAUCCAACUACAAAUGUUCUCAAUGACAUGGGAUUGUGCCUCUCAAGUUAUAAUCCCUGACAAAGAAAUGGUCAUGCCUGGUGAAGAUGCAAAAUUGAAUUUAAAACUCUUGAAACCUAUGGUCUGUGAAACUGGCCAGCGCUUUACAUUGAGAAUGGGUGAUUUGACCUUGGGAACUGGUGUUAUCACUAAAGUAAACAAUAAUUUAUCUGAAGAGGAAAGAUUGAUGCUCUUAGAAGGAAAAAAGGCGCGAGAAAAGGCUGCAGCAAAGAAGUAAAUUGUAUACAUUUAAGCCUAGUCGUGUAGUUCACAUUAUUAUUAUAUGCAUUUAAAAAUGUAAAAUUUAAUUAAAUGAUAUACUAACAAAA